AUGUCCAGGGAUCACCUACCAUCUCCUACCAUUACCUACCAUCUCCCACCACCUUCUACCAUCUCCUACCACCUCCCACCAUCACCCACCACCUCUCACCAUCACCUACCAUCUCCUACCACCUCUCACCAUCUCCUACCACCUCCCACCAUCACCCACCACCUCCUACCAUCACCUACCAUCUCCCACCACCUUCUACCAUCACCUACCAUCUCCCACCAUCACCUACCAUCUCCUACCACCUCCCACCAUCACCCACCACCUCCUACCAUCACCUACCAUCUCCUACCACCUCUCACCAUCACCUACCAUCUCCCACCAUCACCUACCAUCUCCUACCACCUCCCACCAUCACCCACCACCUCCUACCAUCACCUACCAUCUCCCACCAUCACCUACCAUCUCCUACCACCUCCCACCAUCACCCACCACCUCCUACCAUCACCUACCAUCUCCUACCACCUCUCACCAUCACCUACCAUCUCCUACCACCUCUCACCAUCACCUACCAUCUCCCACCAUCACCUACCACCUUCUACCAUCUCCUACCAUCACCUAUCACCUCCUACCAUCUCCAACCAUCACCCACCAUCACCUACCAUCUCCUACCACCUCCCACCAUCACCCACCACCUCCUACCAUCACCUAUCACCUCCUACCAUCUCCAACCAUCACCCACCAUCACCUACCAUCUCCUACCACCUCCCACCAUCACCCACCACCUCCUACCAUCACCUACCAUCUCCAACCAUCACCCACCAUCACCCACCACCUCCUACCAUCACCUACCAUCUCCUACCACCUCCCACCAUCACCUACCAUCUCCCACCAUCACCUACCAUCUCCUACCAUCUCCUAUCAUCUCCUACCAUCACCCACCAUCACCCACCACCUCCUACCAUCACCUACCAUCUCCUACCACCUCCCACCAUCACCUACCAUCUCCUACCAUCUCCUAUCAUCUCCUACCAUCACCCACCAUCACCCACCACCUCCUACCAUCACCUACCAUCUCCUACCACCUCCUACCAUCACCUACCAUCUCCUACCACCUCCCACCAUCACCCACCACCUCCUACCAUCACCUACCAUCUCCUACCAUCACCUAGCAUCUCCUACCACCUCCCACCAUCACCUACCAUCUCCUACCAUCUCCUACCAUCUCCAACCAUCACCCACCAUCACCCACCACCUCCUACCAUCACCUACCAUCUCCUACCACCUCCCACCAUCACCUCCCACCUCCCACCAUCACCUCCCAUCUCCUACCAUCACCUACCAUCUCCCACCAUCACCUACCAUCUCCUACCACCUCCCACCAUCACCCGCCACCUCCCACCAUCACCUACCAUCUCCUACCACCUCUCACCAUCACCUACCAUCUCCCACCAUCACCUACCAUCUCCUAUCAUCUCCUAUCAUCUCCUACCAUCACCUACCAUCACCUAUCAUCUCCUACCAUCUCCUACCAUCACCUACCAUCUCCUAUCAUCUCCCACCAUCACCUACCAUCUCCUACCACCUCCUAUCAUCUCCUACCAUCUCCUACCAUCACCUACCAUCACCUAUCAUCUCCCACCAUCACCUACCAUCUCCUACCACCUCCUAUCAUCUCCCACCAACUCCUACCAUCACCUACCAUCUCCUAUCAUCUCCUACCAUCACCUACCAUCUCCUACCAUCUCUUACCAUCUCCUACCACCUCCUAUCAUCUCCUACCAUCACCUACCAUCACCUACCACCUUCUACCAUCUCCUACCAUCACCUAUCAUCUCCCACCAUCACCCACAAUCUCCUAUCAUCUCCUACCAUCUCCUAUCAUCUCCCAUCAUCACCUACCACCUCCUAUCAUCUCCUACCAUCACCCACCACCUCCUACCAUCACCUAGCAUCACCUACCACCUCUUAUCAACUCCUACCAUCACCUACCAUUACCUACCAUCUCCUACCACCUCCUACCAUCACCUACCAUCACCUAUCAUCUCCCACCAUCACCCACAAUCUCCUAUCAUCUCCUAUCAUCUCCCACCAUCACCUACCACCUCCUAA